AUGGUACGAACAUACAAGAAGAGGAAGGAAGGAAGCCGGAAAUCGUAUGCAUCAAGCCAGGCAAUGAUACUAGCACAUAAUGCAGUGAUGGGCAAGACCAUGUCAGCGUAUCAGGCUUCCAAACACUUUGGUGUGGACAAGAAAAAUCCACCACAUCUCAUCAAAAACUUGAGGAACAAUUUCAUGAUGAAAAACAUCUCCUUUAGCUUGGAUAGUGAAAGAAUGACUGCAAAGUGGAGCCACCUCAAAGAGCUCUUCUCCCUCGAAACAUCUGGCCGGUCAAUUCGCACUGCUUCCAAGCUGACUAAAAAUAUAAACGUUAUCUUGGCAUGCCAGAUAUUUUCACACUCAGUCCCUGCGGCCCUGAAAUUCUACGUUUCAAAGUCGUUGAUGUCCAAAGACACUCUUCGCACAGCAUGCUUUGUGGAGACUGUGAACAGCAUGUGGGAUUUUGUAGACUCGCAUUCUCUCUCCGCCCCCGUCGGGAAGAAGUCGGUUGCAAGGAAUGAUUUGGAGGGCGACCAGGCCCGGUUUUCAUCCUUUUUCAACUAUGUUGAAAGCUGGUUUUACACAAACCCAAUAAACAGCAAACCAGCAACGAACAUUCCAAGUCACCAAGGGUGGCUCCUGGAGCUUUCACCAAAGAAGGGAUUGAGCCAACAGCUGAUUAUGGAGGAGGAGGUCUUGACACACUUGUGCCUGAGGAAGUGUAACCAGGAUCACGUUGAGAACCUUCACAGCCAAAAACGUGGCUACAAUGGUUUCAACAACCACCCAACCAUACCGGGUUAUGUCAACGCACUCCAUUGCCAGUCUUCUUCUUCUGCAACAUCAGAGCUUUUGGACAAGACGAUCAGUGCUGGAGCCAACUGCUAG